CGUUGUAUAUUUAAUUAUUUAAUUUCAUUUAGUUAUUUAUUUCAUAAAUUGUUAAAUAGUUUAUCUGUUGGCCGAAAUAGUUAAAUGGUUCGACGCUCAUUAACACACAACGAAGUGAUAAAUUAGUGUCGUAGUGGGACUUUUACUACUCAUUAAAUUAGUUUCUAAAUACGCGCGAAAAAUUUAUUUGUUAGUAAAUGAAAAUAAACAAAAUUGGGGAUCAAUCAUGACGUUACCGAUGACCCAUUUAUCCCAAGAAUAACAAACCAGUCUUAUAAAUACACUUUUCUGUUGAGAGGGAUCAAUUCCAAAAAUGUCACACACGGUCACGGUUACAAGGACCACAACCACCACGACAACCUCUGCAAUCAUCAUAAAUACGGGAUAUUUAAAAACAUGGCCCGGAAUUUUGAAACUAUUAGAAAUGCUUUUGGGUAUCGUGGUUGUGGGGCUGGUCAGUUACUAUUACCCUCACCAGUUGUAUGUGAGUCAGGCCCCCAAGACCUUCUUCUUGUUGAUGGCGGUGACGUUUCUGGUCGGAACAUUCCUCCUUUUGUUCUCUUGCUUGAUUUCCAUUUCGACGGCGUCGAUUAUUUCCAAGACCAUUUAUGAAGUGGUUUACCAUGGUUUCGCCUUUGUUCUCUAUCUCGCUGCAAGUCUGACGUUUAUUAUUGAAGUAAAUCAUUUGAAAAGCGGCUAUGGACACGAUUACGAGCCGUAUUUUGCAGCUGCUAUCAUCGGACUUGUGAUUUCAGCGCUGUAUUUAUUAAGUACUGUGUUUGCCCUAAGAAGCUACAGAGGGUUAUAAGUGGGUUAGAUAUUAGAAUUUGUUGAUCAUUAUUUAAGAUUCACUUUAAUUGAAUGUGUCAUUAUUAAAUCAUUCGCAUUUUAGCUUUAAAUGUCUCAUGUUAAUUUAUUGCCAGUAGUAUUUUGGAACCACGUAGUUAGGCAACCGAUAUUACAGUAACUCUUAGAGUAGGUAGUCUAGCAAGAUAAGCAGCAAUAAUAUAAUUAUUUAAUGUUGAUAUCAUGAUAUCAAUAUUUAUUUAUUGUUUUUGGGGUGUCUUACUGUUCUAAGAUAAACCCUUGAAGUCAAUUGGUCUUAUGUAUGAGAUGCUACUAGAAUUAGAGAACUAACAUUAUUYUGUAAACAAUAGUUUUAAGGAUAUUGUAUACRSUUUACUAAGCAUUUCUUGUCAGGUCUUAGAAGUAUAAAAUAUYUAAUAAUCUGACAAGGUCUUAAGCUGCCAUCAAUGUAUUUUAAAUGUGCCUAAAAUAAUAUGCCUUAGCACUUUUUGUAAUAAGUUUAUUGUGAACGUUUAUAUUUUAUGAAGAAUUUAGGAUUUUAGUGUUAAACAUAUUCGAGUACGAUUUAGUUUUGGUAGAACAUAUUUUUUGUGACUGUACAACUACAUGAUAUAUUUCAAAAAUUAGGUAUAUAUAGGAUUUUGAGACUUUUAUUAAAAACAAUUCUGAGGAAAAAGUGUUCUCAAAAGGAAAAAUAAAUAGAUACUCUGAAUUUUGAAGUACCUACUGCAUUGUAGCAA